GUGGGGGGAAAUCCGGCAGGUCGAGCUUGCUGAGCCCUUCCCGACCUGCCAUUAGGACUGGCUGGGAGGGGCACCUGUGGAAGCGCCUGGUGGGUGCUGCUGCUCUGUUGGCCCUGGCUGCGAAGCGCCUGCGUGCUGAAAGAUGCAAAGAACGGCUCGGUCGCUGACGUGGUUUCUCUGGGUUUGCUGUGCGAGGGGCGGUGCUGAAAGGACAGGAGGGCCACAGGAGGGUUAGGGAGCCUCUCAGUUCUCGUCCCGGGGUUCCCGCAGAGGUUGGACUAAUGCCUGAGAUUGCUCUUCGGUUACUGCAUCCUUACGCCUGCCUGCAGAAGCAAGUACAGUUCGCUUUGAUUAUGCGCCGUCAGGUCGCUGUUAGUGACCACAUGGGUAGAUGGGCUUUCUCCGUGAGUCGUAAGAGACUUCGCCUUGAUAAAUGCAGUUUCGAACGAUACCUAAUUGCUGGCAGAUCAAAGAGUGUGACUUCCACCGUGGCUGGUUCAACGUUUCUGGUGUUUGGCCGCUUUCGGUCUCCAGCGCUUGCUGCUCUGAGAAAUGGAAGCAGCUGUCCCGCCUUCAGCGGAGCAUCAUCCUCUUCCUCUUUGCCUGCUUGGUUGUCUGUGGAAUCAAGACAUAUGCAAAUAUAGCUGACCCAUGGAAAAGUGCAACUGGCAGAUCUUUGGAGGAACAGAAGGCUGAUCUGGAGAUCCCUGGGUUGAAUCCAGCAAAUCAGGCGAUUCUCCCAAUACCCCAGAAAGCUGAUGCCAGUCUCAGGGACUUUUCACCUCAAAAACCUCCAAAACUGAUUCCUGCCCGUCGAGGGCCUCCGAACCUGCAGAUCAGGCCACCUUGGAGGGAGACAGAGGUGAAGUCCCAGGAGCAAGCCGUCAGAGGGGAGGGAAAACCUGGCCAGGCAGGUCAGGAGCAUAACAUGGAGAAGUCCGUCAUUAGUUGGAGAGGAGCUGUGAUUGAGCCCGACCCGAGCCCUGAGCCGCCUUCCAAGAAAAUUAACGAUCUGGGCAGGCCUUCUCCUGUGGCUUCGGAAGACCAGAAAGAGCCAGUGCCCCUCAACGAGCGCCAGCUGGCUGUGAUUGAAGCCUUCCGCCACGCGUGGAAAGGCUACAAGGAGUUUGCCUGGGGCCAUGACGAGCUCAAGCCCAUCUCCAAGUCCUUCAACGAAUGGUUUGGCCUUGGACUGACACUCAUCGAUGCGCUGGACACCAUGUGGAUCUUGGGCCUUAAGGCAGAGUUCAAAGAAGCAAGAGAGUGGGUUGCCACGGAGCUGAACUUCAACAAAAACGUGGACGUCAACCUUUUUGAGAGCGCCAUUCGUAUCCUCGGGGGCCUGCUGAGCACCUACCACCUGUCUGGGGACAGCCUCUUCCUGGAAAAAGCUAAAGAUAUCGGGAGCAGGCUCAUGCCGGCCUUCAACACCCCCUCCAAGAUCCCCUUUUCAGACGUCAACAUCGGGCGAGGAACGGCCCACCCCCCACGCUGGACUUCUGACAGCACCGUGGCCGAAGUGACCAGCAUCCAGUUGGAAUUCAGGGAGCUCUCGCGCCUUACGGGGGAAGAGAAAUUUAAGAAUGCUGUGGACAGGGUGAUGAAACACGUCCAUUCCCUUGCUGGCAAGAAUGAUGGCCUGGUGCCCAUGUUUAUCAACACCAACAGCGGGCAGUUCACACAUCUCGGGGUCUACACCCUCGGGGCUCGAGCAGACAGCUACUACGAAUACUUGCUCAAGCAGUGGAUCCAGGGAGGGAAAAAGGAAAAUGAGCUCUUGGAAGACUACGUGAAGGGUAUUGAGGGUGUGAAGAGGCACCUGCUUCGGAAAUCCCAGCCAAGAAGGCUGACGUUUGUCGGCGAGCUCGCUCAUGGCCGUUUCAGUGCGAAGAUGGAUCACCUGGUCUGCUUCUUGCCCGGAGCCCUGGCCCUUGGAGCUCACAAUGGGCUUCCAGCAGAUCACAUGACCCUGGCAGCGGAGCUGGCAGAAACCUGCUACCAGAUGUACGUGCAAGUGGAGACCGGCCUGAGCCCCGAAAUCGUCCAUUUCAACAUGCAUGCGCAAAAGGACCGGAAGGACGUGGAGAUUAAGACUGCAGAUAGGCACAACCUCCUGCGUCCUGAGACCGUGGAGAGCCUCUUCUACCUGUAUCGAUUCACUGGCGAUAAGAAGUACCAGGACUGGGGUUGGGAGAUCCUGCAGAGCUUCAAUAAAUACACCAGGGUCCCGACCGGCGGCUACACGUCCAUCGACAAUGUCCAGAACCCCAGCCACCCAGAGCCGAGAGACAAGAUGGAGAGCUUUUUCCUGGGUGAAACGCUCAAGUACCUUUUCUUGCUCUUCUCAGAUGAUGUGAACUUGAUCGACCUGGACAAGUAUGUCUUCAACACAGAGGCCCACCCCUUCCCUAUCUGGCCAUCAGCAUAAACGAAAGCCAGGGCGUCUGCCGUUCCCAGGUUCAAUCACGCCCCAGUUACGGGGGACCUGAAGGGAAGCGUGUCGAAGGCUGUAAGCCACGUUCCUGGUGAAGCGAGCCUCCAAAAGGAAUUGUAUAUGAGGGGAGGUGGAUCUUUGGCCUGGAAUCGCUCCCCCCUCUCCAAAUACGGGCACCCAAGCAAGGAAUGGGCAAGCAGUUCACUGCAGUGCCAGAUCCUGCUUGGCACAAGUGGGAUUCUGGGGAGAGCAAGGCUCACUUUGACCCCUCAGACCUAGCAAGAGAGGGUGCUCCUUGAAGGGCCCAGCAUUGUUCUGUUGUCUCCAUACCGUAUCUCCGCAGGGGAGGCCAUAAAGAGGAAAACGUAGCCUUGUCCCGGAUAUUCAUGCCGCUUGUCACUGUGGUGGUAACUUCCCAGGAUCAUUCCAAGGCAGGAGGUGGUAGUGAUGGUGCUGGCAGAAGGAAAACACGCCCCUCUAAAACAGUGUUCAUUGCUGACAGCGACCUCCUGAUUCUGAAAGAGCGCUUUGAAUAAUCGGGUGGAAUGUGCCGAGGUGAACUGGGAAGCUAGAUGCUGGUUUUGGGCACGGUGAUAUAUAUCUAUUUUUUUUUUUUCUUAACUUAUCUGCAGCAGUGCAGGGAGGAAAAUGUGAAAAGAAAAUUUAUGUUACAAAACAAAAACAGAGGUGGCUAUCUAUAUAGGAAUUUAUAUAUGUAUAAUAUGAAUAAUGUUUUGGCUCAGGUAUUCUGCCGAGAGCUGUUUCCUGAGGGGAGGGGGAACCUGAUGGACGUGUGGGUUCCUCUUCCAGGUUGAGCCCACCUGAGUGGGCCACUGGCCUUUACGAGCAAAUGGGUGGGGCCUUGGUUUGGCCCAGAGGACAAGGAAUUCCAGUACUCCGUUUCCCCAGAGUGAAUUGGGCCCGUUAGGAGACACGCUAGCAGGAUUUCUGCGAUGCCUCCCAUAUUUGGCUUGAAAAGAACCCCCAGGAAAUGCAGGUUUAAAAACCUGCCAAUUAACCCACCUGUGCUCUGUGGCUUUUUAAAUAGUGGCCACAGAGGAAGCAGCUCGCUAAAGGUGCAAACUCAGAUCUAUUUAUACUGAAACACGGAACAAAGGCUUGUGGGCUUCUGCUUUACGCUUCCAUUGUGGUCUUGCUGUCUGUCCCUGAGUCAAUACAAGAGCAACCUGCAGGAUAAGAGGAUGUGUCCCUUCUCCGAGGCUCUCCGGUGUGGGCAGGUGCUAGCCUUUUAUUCAGCUACAAGCCUGCCUCCCAGUUCGUUCUUUGUAUGGUUACGCCGUCUCUUCGGCCUUCACUAGGUGCAUUCCUUUUUAGCUUUCAUUUUCCUCCCUCUCCCCAAUUGCUCACUUUCAGCACUUUAAAAGAGGGGCAGAGAGAAGAUUUAUGAGACAAUCCUCCCCAGCUUUGGUGGGACUGACUUUUUUUAUUCAACCCUUUCCCUAUGGGGACUUCCCUGACUGCACCCUUCAUGCUUUCUGAAGCAGCGUGGUUGUCACUGUUACCCGGUCAUGAUGCUGUUGAGGCUGGAAGAGCUGCUUUAAACCCCUGCCUGGCAUCGCCCCUCUUGGAGUGGAGGGGGGCUGCACAAGCUGCUGGAGCUGUGGCAGGAAAAAUUCUGGCUGGAUUGUUGUCUGCAAAAAUGGUUUCAGGGGGACCGGUAAUCCACUCAGUUUCUUUUUUGUAUGUGAGGUGUGACCCAAAAUCCAUGUUACCCAGGAUGGUGGUGUUUGGAGUUACCUUAUGGACCGAACAAUGCAGUGACCAAGAAUCUGAAUCGAGAAAAUGAUCAUUCAAAUCUCUUGGUGGCAUUUCUCAAACUCGGUUCCCUCCUCCCUGCAAUAUGGCCCCAGUUGUGAGGCUGGUUGUUUUUAGGGUGGAGAAAAUUAAAUGAAGUGCUUUGAAUGCUUGAAGCACAGUAUCAACAUCAUAAUUUUUCCCCCCAAUCUUCUUACUGUAACUGUGGACCUUUGGAGGACCACACUAUCUCCACGUUCUUUUAAAUGAAGUCAGUGUUUUGUUUGUUGUUUUGGCCACAAAGUGCCAACUGAACGAUGGGGGGGGGAAGCAGCCUUGUUUUUGAGGGGGGCACUUGCAGACCAGUGUUGUGUAGUUUUCUGUUCCCCAUUUAAACAGAUCCUGGAAUUUAAGCCAUACUCUAAAUCCCCAGUUUUGGGAGGCUGACACUUUACUUUGAAUUGGUGCCUUCUGUAUUCAAGGGGAAAGAUAGGUUUGGGGCGGUCAGGUACCAAAAGGUGAGGAUUUCUUCCAGCAAACAAAGUACACAGAGGCCGGGUUGCACCCCCCCACCACAACUUGCAAGUCUUUUUCAAACAGGCCGCCUAAUACGGUUGUUUCUUGGACCCUUCUCAGUUAGAUGCAGAAUCCCCCCUCUGCCCCCAGUGCAGUUUUUUUUUUUUAAAUUGGUGUACAGCUCUAAAUUCCCACUUGCCUCAUGCUCUCCACAAUGGCUGAAAUGUCCUCCUACUCUUGGAGAUUUCAAGAGAAAUUUACCACUUCAGGAAAACUUAGGUCAUUUUCAUGUUUGUUUUGCACAGCCAAGUCUGAACGCAUUCCUCAUGUAGCUUUUCUGCAGUCUUGCCUUAAGGCUGCGCAUUAUCAUGGCCAGUUCUUCUUCCCAUGUCUUAAGAGCAGAAGUCUUGCCCUCCCUUCUCUACUGAAAGAAUGAUUGGGCACAGCUGGCAAUUUGCAGGAAAUGGGCAGGAAAUCAGGCCAGGUUUAAGGCUGCCAAACUCAGUAGAGAGGCUCGGUGUUGUCAGAAGCACCCUGUGCCCUCCCACCAUUUCCUCUGCAUCAUUACUUUCAAACUACUUUUUUUUCCCUGAGAAAAGACAUACUGCUGAAGCCUUGUUGGUGUGUGAUCUGGUCCAAGAUAUUUGUGAAGUAGAACCGAUACCUUUGUGAAUGUGCAAAUGGUUUUAAGUGUGCCUCACCUUUUUGCAGAGGUGGGAGGAAUCUCUUUGAAUGAAACAGAACCCUGUGUGAAUUUAGUUGGGAAGCUAAUCUGCAGAAUUCUACCCCACCUUAAUAAACUUGUAAUUUAUUUUGAGA